AGAAGAUGGCGGUGCGGAAGAAGGACGGCGGCCCCAACGUGAAGUAUUACGAGGCGGCGGACACCGUGGCCCAGUUCGACAACGUGCGGCUGUGGCUCGGAAAGAACUACAAGAAGUACAUCCAAGCCGAGCCGCCCACCAACAAGUCUCUCUCCAGCCUGGUGGUGCAGUUGCUGCAGUUCCAGGAGGAGGUCUUCGGCAAGCACGUCAGCAAUGCGCCGCUCACCAAGCUGCCGAUAAAAUGUUUCCUGGACUUCAAAGCCGGGGGGGCCUUGUGCCACAUUCUUGCAGCCGCCUACAAGUUCAAGAGCGACCAGGGAUGGCGACGCUACGACUUCCAGAACCCGUCCCGAAUGGACCGAAACGUGGAGAUGUUCAUGACCAUCGAGAAGUCCCUGGUGCAGAAUAACUGCCUGCCUCGGCCCAACAUUUUCCUGCACCAGGAGAUUGAGCCCAAGCUGCUGGGGAAGCUGAAAGACAUCAUCAAGAGGCACCAGGGGACGGUUACGGAGGAUAAGAACAAUGCAUCCCACGUUGUGUGCCCGGUGCCUGCAAACCUGGAGGAAGAGGAGUGGGUGCGGCCAAUCAUGAAGAGAGACAAGCAAGUCCUCCUACACUGGGGCUACUACCCCGACAGCUACGACACAUGGACCCCCGCCAGCGAAGUGGAGGCCUCCGUGGAGGAUCCACCGACACCUGACAAACCCAGGAAGGUCCACGCCAAGUGGAUCCUGGACACCGACACCUUCAAUGAGUGGAUGAACGAGGAAGACUACGAGGUGAACGACGACAAGAAUCCCGUGUCUCGCCGCAAGAAGAUCUCGGCCAAGACCCUGACCGACGAGGUCAACAGCCCUGACUCGGACCGGCGGGACAAGAAGGGAGGCAACUACAAGAAGAGGAAGCGCUCGCCCUCUCCGUCUCCCACCCCUGAGGCCAAGAAGAAGAAUGCCAAAAAGGGGCCCUCCACGCCGUACACCAAGUCCAAGCGCGGGCACCGAGAGGAGGAGCAGGAGGACCUCACCAAGGACAUGGACGAGCCCUCACCCGUCCCCAACGUGGAGGAGGUGACGCUGCCCAAGACAGUGAAUACCAAAAAGGAUUCGGAGUCGGCGCCUGUGAAAGGAGGCACCAUGACGGACCUCGAUGAGCAGGAGGAUGAGAGCAUGGAGCCCACGGGCAAGGAUGAGGACGAGAACGGGGCCGGGAGCAAGGGGGAGCAGACCAAGAACCCCGACCUGCACGAGGACAACGUCACCGAGCAGACUCACCACAUCAUCAUCCCCAGCUACGCUGCCUGGUUCGACUAUAACAGCGUCCACGCCAUCGAGCGCAGAGCUUUGCCCGAGUUCUUCAACGGCAAGAACAAGUCCAAGACGCCAGAGAUCUACCUGGCUUACCGCAACUUCAUGAUCGACACGUACCGACUGAACCCGCAGGAGUACCUCACCUCCACCGCCUGCCGCCGCAACCUGGCCGGCGACGUCUGUGCCAUCAUGAGGGUCCACGCCUUCCUGGAGCAGUGGGGCCUCAUCAACUACCAGGUGGACGCGGAGAGCCGGCCGACCCCCAUGGGCCCCCCGCCCACCUCGCACUUCCACGUCCUGGCGGACACACCCUCGGGACUGGUGCCCCUGCAGCCCAAAACGCCCCAGGGCCGCCAGGGUGAUGCCGACACCAAGGCCGGGCGCAAGGGAAAAGAGCUGGAUGACCUGGUGCCGGAGCCGGCCAAGGGGAAGCCGGAGCUGACGUCCGCCUCCCAGCAGAUGCUCAGCUUCCCCGACAAGGGCAAGGAGAAGCCGGCCGACAUGCAGAACUUCGGCCUCCGCACGGACAUGUACACCAAGAAGAAUGUCCCUUCUAAGAGUAAAGCUGCAGCCAGUGCCACGCGGGAGUGGACUGAGCAGGAGACGCUGUUGUUGCUUGAGGCACUGGAGAUGUACAAGGAUGACUGGAACAAGGUGUCGGAGCACGUGGGGAGCCGCACCCAGGACGAGUGCAUCCUGCACUUCCUGCGCCUGCCCAUCGAAGACCCCUAUCUCGAGGACUCGGAGGCCUCCCUGGGCCCCCUGGCCUACCAGCCCGUGCCCUUCAGCCAGUCCGGGAACCCGGUCAUGAGCACCGUCGCCUUCUUGGCCUCCGUCGUCGACCCCCGCGUGGCCUCCGCCGCCGCCAAGUCCGCCCUGGAGGAGUUCUCCAAGAUGAAGGAGGAGGUGCCCACGGCCCUGGUGGAGGCCCACGUGAGGAAGGUGGAGGAGGCGGCCAAAGUCACGGGCAAGGCCGACCCAGCCUUCGGCCUGGAGAGCAGCGGCAUUGCGGGCACCGCCUCGGACGAGCCCGAGCGCGCCGUCGAAGAGAGUGGGGCUGAGGAGGCCCGGGCGGAAAGCCAAUCUGGCGAAGAGAAGAAGGAGUCCAAGGAACCGCGAGAAGGGGUCGUGGCCGCGGAAGAAGAUGGGAAAGACAGGCCGAGCGAGCCGCCCAAGAAGGAGGAGGAGAAGGGGAAGGAGGGCGACGGCCAGAAGGAGCUGGAGAAGGGAGGCAGGGAGCCUGUGGCCGAGUCCGAGAAGGAGCCCAAGGAGGGCCAAGAGGAGGAGGCGUUGAAGGAGGUGGUGGAGGCCGAGGGUGAGAGGAAGACCAAGGUGGAGCGGGACAUCGGCGAAGGGAAUCUGUCCACAGCGGCGGCGGCUGCCCUGGCCGCCGCCGCCGUCAAGGCCAAGCACCUGGCCGCGGUGGAAGAACGGAAGAUCAAGUCCCUGGUGGCUCUGCUGGUGGAGACCCAGAUGAAGAAGCUGGAGAUCAAGCUGAGGCACUUUGAGGAGCUGGAGACCAUCAUGGACCGGGAGCGGGAGGCCCUGGAGUACCAGCGGCAGCAGCUGCUGGCGGACAGGCAGGCCUUCCACAUGGAGCAGCUCAAGUACGCGGAGAUGCGAGCGCGCCAGCAGCACUUCCAGCAGCUGCACCAGCAGCAGCAGCAGCCCCCGCCGCCGCCCCCGCCCCCGCCGCCGCCCCUGCCCCCCGGCUCCCAGCCCGUCCCGGCCACCGCCGCCGCCCCCGGCCCGCCCGCCGGCCACCCGCUGGCUGCGGCGGCUGCGCCCUCCGUGGCCCCGAGCCCCGUGGGGGCCGGCGGCCCGGCCCCCGCCGAGCAGGUGGGGCAGGCGGGCACGGUCGUCGGGCAGCAGCCGCCGCCGCCGCCGCCCCCGCCCGCCGGAGCUCCCCAGGCCGGGACCACCCCGUCGUCGGGCGCACCCCCCGCCGGACCCCACGGCCCCUCCCAGUUCCCCAGCCAGCAAACUCCUCCCACGAUGAUACCAGGGGCCACGCCGGGCAGCGGGCACCCCAGCAUGGCCGGUAACACUCCUUUGGCUUUGCCCUACGGCAUGCCGCCGCCGCCGCCGCCGCCACCACCACCACCACCACCGCCGCCGCCUCCGCCUCCUCCAUCCGUCCCCUUCAGUAGCCUAGCCGACUCCAUCAGCCUUCACCUCCCUCCUCACCCUAACCUGCAUGGGCACCACCUACCAUUCGCCGCGGGCACCCUGCCCCCGCUCCCCCCGCCCCCCGCCGCCGCCUCCUCCUCCUCCUCCUCCUCCUCUGUGUCCGCCGCCGCCGCCGCCACCUCCUUCCCCCUGGGGCCGGGGUCCGCCGCCACCCACAGCCCCACCAUCGUGGCGGCCGUGCAGGGCAGCCUCCUGCCCGGCCCGGGCCCGCUGCCAGAUCCGGGCACGUCCCUGCCCCAGGACCCCACGGCCCCCAGCCCCGGCCCGGUCCCGCCAGUGCUGCCCGCCCAGUGAGGACGUCCGGACGGCCGCCACCGCCCUCGUCGCGGCUUCGGGGCCGCCCCUGAGGACGGAGCUCCACCCCACCACCCUCCCCCGGCCGCAGGGCGGGCAGCGGGUCACUCUGGGGGGCGAGACCCCCCCACCCCGUCCCAGCCGCUGCACUGGUGACGGCGGCGCGAGGGGACGCGGAGGUGGCCGAAGCCCUGGGCCGUGGUGGCUGGCAGGAGGUGGCGGCUCUUCACACGGGGUACUGACCACCGCCCGCCUGCCCCCCUCCGCCUUCUCCCAAACCCCUCACCCCACUCUGCCCUCUUUUUAAAAAAAAGAAAUCACUUCCGAGCCCUGAGCAGAGCCUUAGCCUGCCCACCCACUUCCCCGUAGGGAGAACAGAGCGGGUGGGGAAGCCCCAGUUU